AGCUCCAGACCAGCCACUACAACCCUGCUAAUCUCAAGCACCUGCCUCUACAGUUGGUACAGAUGGCAUUGUCCCAGUCUGUUCCCUUCUCGGCCACAGAGCUUCUCCUGGCCUCUGCCAUCUUCUGCCUGGUAUUCUGGGUGCUCAAGGGUUUGAGGCCUCGGGUCCCCAAAGGCCUGAAAAGUCCACCAGAGCCAUGGGGCUGGCCCUUGCUCGGGCAUGUGCUGACCCUGAGGAAGAACCCGCACCUGGCACUGUCAAGGAUGAGCCAGCGCUACGGGGACGUGCUGCAGAUCCGCAUUGGCUCCACGCCCGUGCUGGUGCUGAGCGGCCUGGACACCAUCCGGCAGGCCCUGGUGCGGCAGGGCGACGAUUUCAAGGGCCGGCCUGACCUCUACAGCUCCACCCUCAUCACUGAUGGCCAGAGCUUGACCUUCAGCCCAGACUCUGGACCAGUGUGGGCUGCCCGCCGGCACCUGGCCCAGAACGCCCUCAACACCUUCUCCAUCGCCUCUGACCCAGCUUCCUCAUACUCCUGCUACCUGGAGGAGCAUGUGAGCAAAGAGGCUGAGGCCCUGAUCAGCAGGUUGCAGGAGCUGAUGGCAGGGCCUGGGCACUUCGACCCUUACAAUCAGGUGGUGGUGUCAGUGGUCAACGUCAUCGGUGCCAUGUGCUUCGGACAGCACUUCCCUGAGAGCAGUGAUGAGAUGCUCAGCCUCGUGAAGAACACUCAUGAGUUCGUGGAGACUGCCUCCUCCGGGAACCCCGUGGACUUCUUCCCCAUCCUUCGCUACCUGCCUAACCCUGCCCUUCAGAGGUUCAAGGCCUUCAACCAGAGGUUCCUGCGGUUCCUGCGGAAAACAGUCCAGGAGCACUAUCAGGACUUUGACAAGAACAGUGUCCAGGACAUCAUGGGUGCCCUGUUCAAGUACAGCAAGAAGGGGCCUAGAGCCAGUGGCAACCUCAUCCCCCAGGAGAAGAUUGUCAACCUUGUCAAUGACAUCUUUGGAGCAGGAUUUGACACAGUCACAACAGCCAUCUCCUGGAGCCUCAUGUACCUUGUGACCAAACCUGAGAUACAGAGGAAGAUCCAGAAGGAGCUGGACACUAUGAUUGGCAGGGGGCGGCGGCCCCGGCUCUCUGACAGACCCCAGCUGCCCUACUUGAAGGCCUUCAUCCUGGAGACCUUCCGACACUCCUCCUUCUUGCCCUUCACCAUCCCCCACAGCACAACAAGGGACACAACGCUGAACGGCUUCUACAUCCCCAAGGAAUGCUGUGUCUUCGUAAACCAGUGGCAGGUCAACCAUGACCCGGAACUGUGGGAGGACCCGUCUGAGUUCUGGCCCGAGCGGUUCCUCACCACCGAUGGCACCGCCAUUAACAAGCCCUUGAGUGAGAAGGUGAUGCUGUUUGGCAUGGGCAAGCGCCGGUGUAUCGGGGAGGUCCUGGCCAACUGGGAGGUCUUCCUCUUCCUGGCCAUCCUGCUACAGCAACUGGAGUUCAGUGUGCCGCCGGGCGUGAAAGUCGACCUGACCCCCAUCUACGGGCUGACCAUGAAGCACGCCCGCUGUGAACACGUCCAGGCACGGCUGCGCUUCUCCAUCAAGUGAAGAAGACACCACCAUGCUGAGGCCAGGGAGCGAGUGGGGGCCAGCCACGGGGACUCAGCCCUUGUUUCUCUUUCUUUCUUUUUUUAAAAAAAUAGCAGCUUUAGCCAAGUGCAGGGCCUGUAAUCCCAGCAUUUUAGGAGGUCAAGGUUGGAGGAUCAUUUGAGCCCAGGAGUCGGAAAGCAGCCUGGGCAACAUAGUGGGACCCUGUCUCUACAAAAAAAAAAAUUUGCCAAGAGCCUGAGUGACAGAGCAAGACCCCGUCUCAAAAAAAAAAAAAAAAAAAAAAUAUAUAUAUAUAUAUAGAGAGAGAGAGAGAGAGAGCAGCUUUAUGGAGAUAUAAUUCUUAUGCCAUAUAAUUCACCUUUUUUUUUUUUUGUCUGAGACAGAAUCUCACUCUGUCACCCAGGCUGGAGUGCAGUGGCGUGGUCUCAGCUCACUGCAACCUCCACCUCGCAGGUUCAAGCACUCCUCCCACUUCAGCCUCCCAAGCACCUGGGAUUACAAGCAUGAGCCACUACGCCUGGCUGAUUUUUGUAGUUUUAGUAGAGAUGGGAUUUCACCAUGUUGGCCAGGCUUGUCUCGAACUCCUGACCCCAAGUUAUCCACCUGCCUUGGCUUCCCAAAGUCCUGGGAUUACAGGUGUGAACCACCACAUCCAGCCUAACUCACAUUCUUAAAGUGUUGAAUGACUUCUAGUGUAGAAUUGUGCAACCAUCACCAGAAUUAAUUUUAUUAUUAUUAUUUUUGAGACAGAGUCUUGCUCUGUUGCCAGGCUGGAGUGUAGUGGCGCGAUCUCAGCUCACUACAACCUCCACCUCCUAUGUUCAAGCAGUUCUCCUGCCUCAGCCUCCCGAGUAGCUGGGACUAUAGGCAUGUGCCACCAUGGCCAGCUAAUUUCUGUAUUUUUAGUAGAGACGAGGUUUCACCAUGUUGGCCAGGAUGGUCUCCAUCUCUUGACCUCAUGAUCCACCCGCCUCAGCCUCCCAAAGUGCUGGGAUUAACAGGUAUGAACCACUGCACCCAGCAUUUUUUUUUUUUUUUUUGAGACGGAGUCUUCCUCUGUCUCCUAAGCCGGAGUGCAGUGGCAUCAUCUCAACUCACUGCAACCUCUGCCUCCGGGUUCAAGUGAUUCUCCAGCCUCAGCCUCCCAAGUAGCUGGGACUACAGGCACACACCACCACGCCUGGCUAAUUUUUGUAUUUUUAGUAGAGACGGGUUUCACCAUGUUGGCUAGACUAGUCUCAAACUCCUGACCUCAAGCGAUCUGCCCGCCUCAACCUCUCUUCAAAGUGCUGGAAUUACAGGUGUGAGCCACCGCGCCCGGCCCACAAUUAAUUUUAGAACAUUUUCAUCACCCCUAAAAGAAACCCUGCACCCAUUAGCAGUCCCUCCACAUUUCCCCCUAGCCUACCUCCCUGCCUCACCAGCCCUGGCAACUACUAAUCUACUUUCUGUGUCUAUGGAUUUGCCUUCUCUAAACAUUUCAUAUAAAUGGAAUUACACAA